CACACAGUCUGAAGAGGAGGAGAGAUAACGCACAUCACGGAGAGGCUCGUUUUUAUUUUCUGGAUAUACAGGCCUUUGUUGUACUACUUCUUUCUUUGGAUAUCUACUAUUAUAUGCAUGAUUGCCUACAUGUUUUCUGGAUUUAUUUAGUCUGAUUCAGCCUCAAUCUUCGUGUUUUGGUCUUCUGCAAAAUGUCGGACAGAACAAUGGCGCGGCAAGUACUGCUGUUUAUUUGGUUUCUCUCUCUCAGUUCAGCUCUCGGGCAGGUCAGUUACUCCAUUCCUGAGGAAAUGGCGAAAGGCUCUUUAGUCGGUAACAUAGCGCAGGAUUUGGGUUUAGAUUUAAAGAGACUGAAAUCGGGUAAAGCCCGUAUUUAUACCGGAGACAGCGCUGAAUACAUCGAGCUGAAUAAAGAAAGAGGAGUCCUCCUUAUCAAAGAGAGAAUAGACCGAGAGGCGCUAUGCGGACAGACAACGCCUUGCGCACUACAUCUACAGAUUAUUCUGGAGAACCCGAUGGAAUUUUACAGCGUUAAUGUUGAGGUGCUGGAUAUAAAUGACAACGCACCAUUUUUUGAAAAAAGUGAAAUUAAUUUUAGGAUUAGUGAAUCUGCUACGAUUGGUACAAAAUUUACGAUAGAGCCUGCUAGAGAUCUUGACGUUGGAAUUAACGGUUUGGAAAACUACUUACUAAAACCAACAGAUAAUUUUGCCUUGAAAUUCAAAAAGCCAACCAGGAGGGCAACAUAUCGAAAUGAUUUUACAAAAGCCCUUGGACCGCGAAAAGCAGGAGAACAUGUUUUUAACAUUAGCUGCCACAGACGGGGAGAUCCUCAAAUGUCUGGUAAUAUACAAAUAAACAUUAUUAUUUUAGAUGUAAACGAUAACGCUCCUGUUUUCACACAGUCUGUGUAUAAAUCAACUGUAAAUGAAAAUUCACAUAAAGGGAACAGUUGUAGCUACAGUAAGUGCGUCGGAUCCAGAUCAAGGAGUAAACGGUGAAAUAAUGUAUAGUAUAACAAACACACUUGAUGAAGUUCGACACAUAUUUGAAAUAAACGAGACUAAUGGUAAAGUAAGACUGA